UCAAUUUUACUUGAGAGUAAUGAAGAAUAAACACUUGCAUUGCAGCUUAUGGAAGAAGAAUCAGUGUCAGAUUUUGCAGCUCAAGAAUGACUUUAGACAAUAUCAAUUGGGCAGCUGUGGAUCGAAUUAUCCGUGUGGAUCAUGCAGGUGAAUAUGGAGCAAACCGCAUCUAUGCAGGGCAGAUGGCUGUCCUGGGUCGCACAAGUGUCGGGCCAGUCAUUCAGAAAAUGUGGGAUCAAGAAAAGGACCACUUGAAAAAGUUCAAUGAACUGAUGGUUGCAUUCAGGGUCCGGCCGACGAUUCUGAUGCCCUUUUGGAACGUGGUGGGGUUUGCGUUAGGCGCAGGAACCGCCCUGCUUGGGAGGGAAGGAGCGAUGGCCUGCACUGUGGCCGUGGAAGAGUCCAUAGCACAUCACUACAACAACCAGAUCAGGACAUUGAUGGAGGAGGAUCCUGAAAAAUAUGAGGAGCUUCUUCAGGUGAUAAAGAAAUUUAGGGAUGAAGAGCUUGAGCACCAUGACAUAGGCCUGGAACAUGAUGCAGAACUGGCUCCAGCAUAUGCCAUUUUGAAGAAGGUUAUCCAGGCUGGAUGCAGCGCAGCGAUAUAUUUGUCAGAAAGAUUUUAAGAGCCUCUAGUCUCAGAGAUAUUUGGAUUUCAGCUUGCAGGAAGAGGAACUCUCCUUCUCUUUUCCAUGAGUUUCCAGUGGGACUGCUAAUCAUGAUGUGCUGUCCUCAGCCCAUGGACACGUGACCCAGGCUGGACCAAUCACAGGGCUAUAUCCCCCACCCCCACCCCACGUCUGUGAAUGAGGCAGGGUGGCAGUUUAGGGGCUACCAAAGUUGAAACCAUCUCCAUCCUCUGAUUGCAUUGAGAUGGAAAUUGCAGGUCACUGAAAGACAGACUAAUCAGAGUAUUUCGCUCUUCCUUAAUUCUCCGUGAUCACAAUGCAACUGUUCCUGUUGCUGCCUGAAUGUGGGAAUCAUCAAUUGCUCUGAUGGGCACAGAUCCCUGCAGCUGUGCAGCUCACUCAGGGAGGGGGUCAGACAACACAGGGCCUGCAAACAUGACCAGGAAACCACUGCAAAAGUCCAGGAUAUCACCACCCCUUUUAUUUCCAUAGGGAAGAAAUAAGGCCUAUUUGUUUGUUUUUUUUAUAUAGUUAGUUAGUUCAUUGAUAUUAUUUGGGAACCAAUGGGUGCUUUUCUUUGAGCUUCCAUAGAAAUAGCUAUCUAAAAAGUGAGGAAGCAUAAUUCUCAAAGAGAAUUUAAGAGGAGACCCUUAAGACAUGGAACCAUGCAAGGGCUUUUCAUCUUGUUUUCUUUUAAAAAACAGCUUUGUAGACAUAUAACUUGCAUACCUUAAAAGCCACUCAUUUUAAGUGUACUAUUUAAUGGUUUCUAGUAAUUUACCAUCACCACAGUACAAUUUUAGAACAUUUUCAUCCCCCUCCCUCGAAUUUCUUGUACCUAUCUGCAUGCAUUCUCCAUCCCCACCCCCGGCCCCUGGCAACCACUAAUCUACUUUUUCUCUCUAUAGCUUUGCCUUUUCUG